AUGGAAAAUUUUCUUGAGCAAAAUUUUGGUUUUCAUAAUAUUGAAGGUCAAUACAUUGUAUCUGGUGUACGAGCAUUUAAGCUAUUGAAACCUAUUUCACAAUUAGAAACCAAUAAAAAAAUCUAUUUUCCUCAUGAUCAAUUUCACAGUCCAUUUAUCAUGACUGUAGAUGAAAUUCGAAAGUGGCAAAAUUCUUACGUCGUGUAUGCUGAUAGAAAUGUUCAAGGCAUGGACAAAAAAUUUCUUUAUCAUGCUCUUCAAGGAAAAAGUGAAAAUGGCGGUGAAGCUUUUCGUAUGAAAUUUGUUGUCCGUAUGUCUGAUUGUCCUAUCUUGAUGAAAUUCGACGCAAAAAUACUACCGCGUUCUCUACAUGAUGAUUGGCCAAAUCGGAUCAAACUCGUUUCAGUGACAGGUUUUGAUUUUGCCGGACGAAAACAUGAUGUCGAUGAUAUUACAAGUUAUAUCAAAAAUUGGCACCAAAUUUUCGAACUCGAUCAAAUAACAGGCAAGCCAAAAGUGUUUAAUGGAAGAGACUUUUACCCAGUACAAUCUCAUCCAGAAGUUCAACUUGACGAAAGACGUCUGGUUGAUGAUCUUAUGAGAAUGGUAAGAAUACGAUUAUACGCAUGUAAUAUGGAAAGAGUAGAAAUUGUUGUGGAGACCGGUAUUGGCCUUGGUGUAUUCGCUGGCAAGCAUCUUGGAAUUGAUGGUCUAAUUCGAAAACUGUCUGCCUAUGCCAUUGGAUUAGUACUUCAAAAGGAAGGAGCCAUGUUUCGAAAUAUUCGCGCUAUUGUUUUUGCUUUGCCUAUCUUCGCAAAAGAUAGAAAUGGUCAUCAGCUUCCAGAUACAUAUGAUGAUUUUGUUCACGAAUUUUCCAUCGGUAACUAUUCUGGACCUAUACCUGUCCUUAUUGCUGAUCAAGAUAUGCAUGAAUUAACUGUAGCUAUCGCUUUUCGGGGAUUUCGUGUCUCUCAGCUCAACCCAGCUGAUUCACAUGGUGUGUUUGGUGAAUAUUGGCAAAAUCACGGACCAGCAGUCGAAGAAAAGCUAGCUUUGACCACACUGGGUCUAUUGGUCCAACAUCAUCUGAUAAAUAAUAAUGUUCUCGAUCCAAAUAGAUAUAAAAUAAUAUAA